AUGACCUCUCCAGCUGUCAAGUUUUUGACUGGUGCUCCCAUUGCUACUGCACUGGACUGGAGUGAUGAAGGCUUGCUCAACACCUUUUCUUCGGCCUUGCAGAGACAUCUCAGCCAUGUCCACUCGGGUCCUCCACCUACACCUGUGCCCACUCAACCCGUAGCCAAAUGGAGAUCCAUCCCUCUAGCAGCCAACAGGACCUUUCACGAGAGUCCUGUGUUGCCUAGAACCCUACCACANGGUCAAAAGAGUGCACUACCACAUCAGAUUACCAGCCUGAAAGAGGACCACGAUGACUUCCUCGACCACUCAUUCGCUUUUGAAGCAAAUCUGCAAUCUUCCCAGAUCGAAUCUCACCACCACAGUCCAGAGNNGGAUGAUAUAGGAGAGGCGACCUUCAUGACAGAUGACUCCAUAUAUUCGACCAUACUGGACGAUUAUGACACGACUGUCAUGUCUAAUGGCACAUCCUUCCAAGACGACUCUGUACCCCGAUCAGGCACAUCGUACAGACCUGUUGGCCCCGUCAUGAGCAUCAAAGCCAUACCAACUGCUGAAUACUUACAACGCAUACAGCCUCAAACCAUGACUGUGAACUUGCUAGUCGGCAUCAUCAGCAUAGCGCCUGCAAGAACAGUGACAACACGAAAAGGAGGUCACGACAUGGACAUCAUCGAACUCACAGUCGGAGACGAGACAAAAGCAGGCUUUACAAUCAGUUCAUGGCAUCAAGCUCAAGAUUCUCAACAACGACACAAGAUCGAAGACCAGUCACGCAAUGUACUUUCAUCAUUACGCCCACAAGAUGUCGUUCUCAUUGAAAGAGUGGCACUCAGCUCUUUCCGCAAUGCUGUCUUUGGUCAAUCUCUUAACCGGAGAGCAACCAAGAAUACCACGGUAAUCACGGUCCUGCACAAAGCCCACGACAUUCGAGCAGACAGUGCACAGCAAACUACGUGCCCUCUAGCAGUAGAACACAAGCUUGAGAGAGUUUGCGACUGGGUCUCGAGUUUCGUUGGACCAAGUGUCAAACGUAAGGCACAAUCAGAACCUCUGCCACGAACUGGGCCCAAGAAGAAAGGGAAAAGCGCUUUAGUAGAAGAGUUUCUGCCUGCCGACUCUCAGCCUUGA